CUUCCCGAUUUGCAUGUUUUCCCCUUUCAGUCGCACUGAGCGUGCGAUCGGCGUCAAAACGGGGCUUUUACGUCGGGACCGGAAUGCACGCGCCUUGUCGUGGACGUGAGCUCGAGGCGCUCGCGUGCCGCGUGCCUGCAGCCUUCUAGAGCUGUAAAUGUUACCAUGUCUGAGGUGAAAUGAUACAGUCCAGCCAAACGGCCUCUGAAAUAAACCCGAACCCUAAAUAUUCAAUAUGGGUCAUACAUAUAACUCACAGAUCGUAGACGUAUUCUCCUAUAACUGAAAUCCAACGAUAUUUCGUGUUUUGACGAAUGAGCUACUGACAAGAAUGAGCACAGGCUCUGAUACCCCAGCCACUUUAAGUGAAGGCACCAGAGAAGACCUGGAUGUCCAGGAUGACCAAGUUCCUCAGUCCACCAUACUCUACCUUCUCCAGGAAGCUACCAAGCUUGCACCACCUGCCAAACAAGACACUCUGGAAUGGAGACUGACAAAUGGGACAUGUUCCAAGGAACAAAGCCAGCAGUAUCCUUCUUCCCCAGUAGCUUCUGCCUAUUGUCCUCCUGUACCUUCUGUACAGCCCUGUAAAUAUGUAGAAACAACCCCUAAAUCACAACAGAAAUACUCUGGGUCUUUCUCCUUUAUACAAAGUCAGCAGGGCAGUAGCCCUUGGGAGGUAAUGAGUCUGAUCAACCUGCAGUGUGAACGGCUUCUGCAUCCUGUAAGCGAGGAUGGAGAAGAGGGAAGGGAAACACCAUUAUUGCCCACAUCUGGUCACAAGAGUUCUGUUGGCUAUCUCAGGGGGGACACAAUUCCCGACCGCACCAGAGAUCAGUCAGAAUUUCAAGAGGUAGGCAAACAUGCACAUUCACAGAGUGUCAGGAACAAAACUGUGAAAAGUGAACCAUGGUGCUUCAGGACCAUGGAAGAGGAAGUGAGGCCCAUCGGGGAAAGCAGUCCUGACCUUUCGUUUUACAAUGAGAGAUCAAGCAAAGUCUCACACAGUUCCACUUUAGUACAGAGUUCAGUGUUCGAAGGUGAAAAUGAACAGUGCCCAAUCAUUUACCCAGAAGAUACCCAGGAAGAUGGCAAGACACAUUUUUCAACCAAUGAUACAGGUACGACAUACAACCUUAAACACAGGUAUCAUUUAUGCAAUGAAAGUCAGGAGGAAUGUUCUUUUAUUGGGAGUCUAUCAAAGGCACCUGACCUGGAGGGAACAGAGACUUGCUUCUUGGAUAAAUGUAGCCCUCCAGUAGAAAGCUUGAGCUUGCUGGCAUCCAUUGUCUAUCAGAACUGUCAAAAGCAGGGGAAGAAUUUCUUUACUAAACCUGAAAGUUUUCUGCUCCCGGAUGCUGCAGUUUGCUCAUCCAUUCCUGCAGCUGACCUGGAUGGCCCCAGCAUGGAAGUGGACUGUAACUCUAAUUUGAUUCUUCCUUUAGAAUCACAUAUUAAUGAGCAGAGACCUGGGAGUCCCUCAGAAGAGUUAAGCAGGGACUUUCACACAGUGAAUCGGAAGUCAGCUCCUGUUAAGGAUACGUCAUCAUCUCCUGGAAAUGCCCAUAGGAGCAAUAGGGAUGAUGCAACUCUGAGGCUUGUGGACCCUCAGGUGGCCAAGGUGGCUGUUGGCCCCAGCUGGCGAGGCAGAACCCCUAGAAAGCAGCGUCAUCCUACCCGCAGUGCGGAUCUCUGUGACCCUGACUUUCAAGGGGUUUCCUUCCGUAUGCGUACAGAGUUCAGCGACAACAGGGACCAAUGUCGACUUCUCAUCACGUCGAAGUACAGUGCAGAAUUUUGGAAGAGUGGACGUAGGGGGAGAGGCAGCCGAAUGCGAUCUCUGAUAAACUCCCUGAAAACUAGCAGCUCGGAGGAAGAUAUCGACCCUGUAAGCGUUUCUAAGAACAAGACAUGUGCUUCCUGCAAUACGAAGACCACUCCCCUGUGGCGAGAUGCAGAGGAUGGAACCCCUUUAUGUAACGCCUGUGGCAUAAGGUAUAAGAAAUACCGGGUCCGGUGCCACCAGUGCUGGUACAUCCCCAGGAAAGAGGGCAACUCCAACUCCCGCUGCUCCAGGUGCGGAGACAUGCUGAGGUUGGCGUGUUCUCACCGCAAGAACAGCAAGGACCUGGCCAUGUUUACCGCUACCUGACCCAGGAUACAAGUGUCCCUGUCUCAUUUCCUGUCCUGUCAGCAGAGGUCGCUGUUCCAAAGGGUCUGUUGAGAAUUGUACCCCUGUGAAUUGCACUUGGAAAAAAUAAAAGACUCAUAACUUU